GAGUGAUACCACACAUUGAAAAUGUGAGCGUUACAUUCAUUUCAUGGCCCAUAAAAACAUCCUUUUUUCAUUAAAAUCAUCCCAAAUACCGUAUGGUUAAAGGUAAACGUUGCCAUUGCAAGAGACCGAGAAACUAUUUGUAUCAAAAUUUUAAGCCAGAAAAUGCAAUAGAAGAAGAAAUAGAACUUGAUAAUGAUUCCGAAGGCGAAAUACCGAAAAUUCAAGAAGAAACAGUAACGCCGAAUAUCUCAGAUGAAAGAACCGAUUUAGUAUUAAAGGCAACCAUUAUACCAUCAGAACAGGGAACACUAAUAAAAGACCAACCUUGCAGAUCCCAUUUAAGAGACAAAAUUAUACUAAGAAGAAUUAUAAAUCUUACAGAAAGAAGAAGCGACUAUUUAUUGCUAAAUGGACCGUUGUACAUUAAAAAAUCAUCAUUAAAUCAUUUAGAUUAUCAACUAGAUAACCUGCCACUCAGACACAUUUUUCGUGCAUCCAUACCAGGAAAAAGCGUCGAUGACAACACCGAAGCAGAACCUUAUUAUGAAUCUUCCGAUAAAAAUCUGACGGAUGAGAACACUUUUUUGUCGUUGACUCCCAGUCACGAAAUAUUUGAAUCUAACGCCCGCAAUGCUGAUAUUUUAUUGUAUCAAUUUAAACCUAAAGAGGAUAAUAUAACUUCGCAAGAUAAUGAACCUCGCGAUGUAAAAAUAAUUAAUGAUAUUUUCGAAUUCGGGCCGCCAGAUCAACCACCUUGGAUGCAACAUGAACCUCAAUAUAAAUCUAUGGAAGUUGCACCACCUACAAUGCAACAUGCACUACCUACAACGGAAUAUAAACAAUCACCAUCGGAACAUAAUCCAUAUAGACAACCUACUAUGGAAUAUAAACCACCUACUAUGGAACAUAAACCACCUACUAUGGAACAUAAACCACCUAUUAUGGGACUCGCACGGCGUGCUAUGGAAUAUAGUCCACCUAUUAUGGGAAAUGAACCAGAUGAUCAACAUACAACAUACAACCUCCCAACACAAUCACAAUUUUCUUAUUUAGGUGGUCAAUGUGGUCCAAACUGUGUCAAUAAUAUGAGUAACGAAUAUGCACCUGUACCAUAUUGUCCUACAAAUGAGUGCAGCCCAGAAUGUAUACACAAUCCAAAACCAAAUUAUUACUUUAAGCCACAACCCUGUUCAAGCCAAUGUAGUCCAGAUUGUUUAUUUAACCCUCAACGAAAAUGUCAACCAAAACCUGAUAUUCCGAAAUGUAGUCCAAAAUGUAAACCCAAACCAAAAUGCACAUAUAGUAGAACAAUAAUUGACAACUGUAGCCAAUAUUGUCCUGAAUGUAACCCGAAACCAAUAUGCUGCUGUGCUAGGCCAAUUGACAACUGUGACCAGUAUUAUCCAGAGUGUAAACCGAACCCAAAAUGUAAACCAAUAGGCAAUUGUAACCAGUGUUCUCCUAAAUGUAAACCCAAACCAAAAUGUUCCUAUGCUAGAUCAAUUGAGAACUGCUGCAACCAGUAUUAUCCAGAAUGUAGACCCAUACCGAAAUGCUCCUAUGCUAAACCAAUUGAAAACUGCUGUCACCAGUAUUAUCCAGAAUGUAAACCCAAACCAAAAUGCUCGUAUAGUAGACCUGUUGAUAAGUGUACCCAGUGUUGUUUAGAAUGUAUACCCAAGCCAACAUGCUCACGAGCCCAAGCAAUUGUUAACUGUAACCAGCCUUAUCCAGAAUGUAUAUUCAAACCAACAUGCUCCCAUGCUCAAUCUAAUGCCAACUGUACUCAGUUAUAUCCAGAUUGUCCACCCAAACCAAAUAAUCGAUCGAACCCACAAAAUAAUACAAGGACUGAAUGUAGCCGUGAAUGUAAAUUUAAUAAUACUCAGCCGAUAUACUUUUUUCUAAACGAAACCAUUUAUGAAUGUAAUUCCGAAGGUGAAAUCUGUAGAACUAGUUUAGAUAUAAUACCUGACUCCAAACCAAAUACGGCUAGAGAUAAUCAAAUCAUUAAGAGUCGACCUAAUAACAUGUACUAUUUUAAAGACUUAUCCGCGAUGAAAUAUGAUUCAGAGUGUUCAAAAUAUAAAAGCUAUGUUGAAAAUAUGUUUUUUCCGGCACCACGAAGUAUUCCUUUAAAUCAAUGUGCAGUAAAUAUGCAACCGACUUGUUUUUUUGAUCUACCGGCUAAUGAAAAUGAUACAACAAACCAUUGCAAUUCAGAAUGCUCUUUCAAAAUGCAUGAGUAUGAUAUUAAAGCAGAAGUUAGAUUUCAAUCAGAUCCUCAAAAGUGUUAUCCAGACUAUGAAAUAAAUGUACAAAAUGAGUAUGCCAAGCAAUGUAGCUCCAAAAUCAAUUUUAGUACAAAAACAAAUUGCACUUGUGACCACCAGCUUAUUGGUAGAUGUAGUUCUGAAUGUGACAUAAAUACAGAACAAACAUGUACCACGCAAUGUAUCUCCAAUGCACAACCAAAAUGCAGUUGUGGCCUUCAGAUUGAUUGCGCAUGUAGUCCCGAAUGUGACAUAAAUGUAGAAGCAAGAACAAAUCCGUGUAGCCCUGAGUGUACUUAUACAGGAGCAAAAUGCACUUGUGAUCAGCUUAACGAUACGUGUAGUCCCGAAUGUAUUAUAAAUACUCAAGAUGAUACUACAAACCAAUGUAGUUACGAAUGUACAUUAAAUACAAAUCCAAAAUGCACUUGUGGCCAGCUUAAUAGUACAUGUAGUCCCGAAUGUAAUGUACAUAUCGAAAAUGAAACUACAAACCAAUAUAGCUGCUUAUGUAUACAACCAAAAUGCACCUGCUGCAUUAACAUUGAUGGCGGAUGUAGUCCUGAGUGUGACAUAAAUAUGCAAGAUGAUGCUACAAACUUAUUUUGUGGUUCAGAAUGUCCAUUUAAUUUACAACCAAACUGCUUUUUUUCACAAAUAAAGUGCACUUGUCAACACUCUCCUGAUGCUAAAUGCAGUCCUGAAUGUGACACGAAUAAGAAUGGCGUAGAAGGUAGAUCGGACCCAAAUCUCCAAGAUACUUUCGUGAGCCAAUGCAGCUUGAAUAAUAGAUUCAAUUUACAGCCAAUAUACGCUUGUGGGAGAUUAAUUUGCGUUUCAAAAGCUAGCCGACAAAGUAACGCCUAUAAAUGUGACGUAGAAGGUACAAAUUUAAAAGAAAUUUCUACAAAAUCAUGUUCCUCGGAUUGCAGAAUCAAUUCACAAACAAAUUGUACUUGCGGAUCCACCCAUAAAUGUAGCUCAGAAUGUAACAUAAAUGUUCUUAAAAAGCAACAUAGCUCGAAAUAUUUACUCAAGGCACAACCAAAAUUCAUUAUUGAAUCUAAAAUAAAAUGUCUACCGGACAGUAUCAUAAAUAAAAGUAACAUAGAAGGAUAUACAAUACCUGAAGAUAUUUCGUUAAGUCAAUGUAGUAAUCUGCAGCAAUCCGAAAACCAACUGAAUCAAAAAUGUAGCACCGAUUAUGAAAUAGUUUUAAAGCAUGUUGAUGCUCAUUCAAAUCAACAUAAUCAAAAAUGUCAAGUCAAGAAGCAAUCAAAAUGCGUUUUUGCAGACCUACCAAUUCUUAAAUGUAUCAGUCAUGACAACGACUCAAAGAACACAGAAUUUUCGUUUAAGCAACCAAAAUGCUCUUGUGCGGAAGGAUAUGAAUGUAGUUCUACUUGCGAUAUUUCUAAAUGGAAAAACGGGGAUGCUAUUGGAGCCGAUGAAUGUAAACCUGACUCUAGUAUAGACAACACAAAAUCUAAAAAGAAUUUAGAUAACGAAGCUCUCCGAAUAUGCAGACGUUGCUGCGAACGAAACAAAGAGGUCAUCAAAAUUACUCGCGAUAAAGAAAAAAUUCCAGAACAAAUAAAGACCGGUCGACAUCCUAUAGACGAAGAAGAAAAGCUUCUGCAUUCGUGUCUCUUAUGUUGUAAACGAGCUAAAUGUGUUGGAACGUCGUCGGAAAAUUCACAUCGACAAUAUGGGAUACAGUGCAGUUUCUGUAUGGAGAGCAGCAAACCUCGAUCGGCAAAUCCUUUGGACAUUUCCGAUAGUGAAGCCGAGUUCCUUGUUAAUUCUUACGUCCCUCGGAAAACGUGCGAUUUUACUCUUUCGGAAUGCCAUAUGAAAAGAACCCAUGGAGAAAAAUAUGGCGAUGUUAAAUACCAUUUUCUAAUGGUUGAUGUUGCUACUGAAAAAAAUCAAGUUGUUGAUAGCAGUACGUCAUCUUCUGCAACCAAUUUACAAGAUGAACUGGCUGAAAGACGUGCCAGAAAAGCAAAGAUUAUUAGUUCCAAAAAGGCUUUAGAGGCAAAUAAAAAGUUACUGGAAACAAAGCCAGAUAUAGAUGAAAAAAAGAAGCCAUUGAAACCCAUGGAAUCCAUACCCGAAAGCAUAGAAGCUCCAAGUGAAGAUACAGUCUUUUAUAGUCAGGAGCACAUCGAUGAACAUCAGAAACGUAUAAGCAUUGUUAGUUGGAGUGAAGAACCAACAGAUAACAUAGAUAAAGAGUUGGCUGAAUUCAUAGAUGAGAGAAGAACAUCGGAACAAAAAACAUCCCUAUUUGAAGAAAUAAUCAAGCAAGAAAAAAGGAAAAUUAACAACAACCAGAAACAAGCAGAAUCGAAAUACCCACAGAAUUCGGAUAAGGACCGUACGGACAAGAACGAGGACCGCCCGGGAUGGUUUUCGUUCUUGAAAAAGAAAAGAAAGCAUGCUCAAUCUAGGACUUCUACAGUCACCCGAAGGUUAUCUCUAUUAGAUGAUGAUGAAGUAGACGAUGAAGGAAGGUACUAGUUUACACAAGCGAUAUGUCCAUAUCACAAAUCGAGGAACAAUUGCAUAAGGAGAACGGCAGCAAAAGUUUAGAAUCUUAUCGUCGCAGAAUCUCUCCAAUCGAGAAUCCGAUUUCCGAAAAAGAGAAUAAGCUUAAUCGAUAUUUAAAUAACUUGGACGUCACCAGACCAUCGUAGAAACCAUAAAAUAUAGUCAUUAAAAAUAUUGUCUAUUGCAUCUUCAUUUUUGGUGACCAAUUCUGUACCUGCUUAGAGGUCAAGAAUAUUAUCUCCAAUCUUAUAGAUUUGGGGAAAAUGCUACCCAAAGUUGAAAAUACGAGUUUGUACCGCUAUGAAGAAAUAAAAUUAUAUUUUUUCUAAACGUACUAUAUCAAAAAUAUAAGUUUAAGGUGUUUUAGUAAAUGCAUUAUCUCCACUUGAUACGAAACUAGAGAUACGAUUCUUUAUCUCUAAGGUAAUUGGGCUAAUUUUGUGACCUUGACAUUCAGAGGAGAAGGCAAUAGAAGACCACAAAUACUUACGUUAUUUACAUCAUGGAUACGAACAUACCUCUGAAUAUUAAAAACGAACAUACCUCUGAAUAUUAAAAGUAUCUACUGGGCAGUCAAGCUAUUGUCGUCUAAAGAAAAUUUCCAAAUAGUCACGAAAUAAGAUAUUUUUUUUAAAUUAAAUGUCUGGUCAUAAACCCAUCAAAAAUAAAAAAUACA